UUAGGCCAGUAAGUUUGGUUCCACACAUAGGGUUACAACUCGCUCUUCAGUGGUUUGUCUUUUAGGACGGCGUUACCACGUUCACGCCAUUGACGCUUGAAAACGAACGACUAACCAGCGUUCCUCAACACCGCUUACUAACAGCUACUUCAUAAAUCAACCUAGUCUGCUAAAUCUUAUUUUCAGGCCUAGCCGGCAUUAUGAUGGACGAAAAACAGUCAAUUGCAACGCCGAACGUUAAUUAUUCCGACCCUCCUCCACAAUAUCAAGGUGAAAGUCAUCCUGGCACUAAUGCUCCACUUUAUCAAGCUCAGCAACCGUAUCCAGGACAACCACGUUUUGGCCCCUCACUUCCUGUGUGUGUCAUACAAGGUUCACAACAGUAUUUGGACUUUCCUGCAUGCGUACGUUGUGUCAGGUGCAAUACUGACAUUGUAACAGAUAUCCAAUAUAAACCUGGUGUUUUGACAUGGAUGAGUUGUGGAAUUAUUUGUUUAGUUGGCGGAUGGAUUGGAUGUUUUCUCAUCCCGUUUUGCAUUAAUGCAUGCAAGGACGUCGUCCAUACCUGCCCUAACUGUAAAUGCGUUAUCGGUAAAUAUGACAAACUACGCUGACGAAUUGAC